CCCCCCCUUCUCGCGGAGUCGUCAUCGCUCUCGUUUUCGUCUCUGCCCGCUACACAAACCCUAACUCGCUCCUUAAUUCUCCCCCUCGAUCAUCCCUCGAACGCUGACCUUGACCCUCGCACAAGAGAAGGCCCCUCCUUACCCACGUCGUCUCCGAUGGCGACCAAGAAGCCCCAGCGAUCCGCGGCGGAGAUCGAGGACAUCAUCCUCCGCAAGAUCUUCCUCGUCUCCUUCGCUGAACCUGCCAAGAACGAGCCUAAAGUCGUCUACCUGGAGCUUACGGCAGCCGAGAUCCUUAGCGAGGGCAGACCCCUCGUUUUGUCUCGCGAUACGAUGGAGAGGGUCCUUAUCGAUCGGCUUUCCGGUGACUUCCCCUCUGUCGACCCCCCCUUCCCCUACCUGGUCGGGUGCUACCGCCGUGCAUGCGAGGAAUCCAAGAAGGUCGCCUCGAUGAAGGACCCCUCUGUCCGAUCGGAGAUCGAGUCCGCCAUCAAGCAAGCUCGGAGAUUGAUCGCCUCUUAUUGUAGGAUCCACGUGGGGAAUCCCGAGAUGUUUAUGCCCACGGGACAGGCUGGUGCUUCGGCUACGUCGGAACUGUUGUCGAUGAUCUUCUCGGAAGUUUCGACGCCGAUGGAUGGGUUCGCAGGCAAUAGCUUGGGUGGCGGAUUAAGUUGCCCGCCUGGUUUUAUCGAGGAGUUCUUUAGGGAUGGUGAUGAGGAGAGCUUGGAGCCUGUUCUGAACGAUUUGUUUGAGAAAUUAAGGCAGAGUGUGGCCAAAGUAUCGGCAUUAGGCAACUUUCAGCAGCCAUUGAGAGCGCUGCUGCUGCUGGUUAGCUUUCCUAAAUGCGCAAAGGCUUUGGUGAAUCACCCCAGGUGGAUCCCGAAAGAGACUUACCUGUUGAUCGGGGAGGGUAGGAUGAUUGAGAUUGCAAGUAUUUUGGGUGCUUUUCUUCAUGUUAGUGCAUUGCCAGAUCAUAAGGAGUUUAAGAGCAUACCUGAUGUUGGACAGCAAUGCUUUUCAGAAUCAUCAAAUCGGCGCCCCGCUGAUCUGUUGUCUUCUUUUACAACAAUCAAAACAGUAAUGAACAUUUUGUAUGAUGGUAUGGGAGAGGUUUCCCUUACCUUACUUAAAAAUGUGGAUACACGAGAAAGGGUUCUAGAGUAUCUUGCUGAGGUGAUCAAGAGAAACUCAUCAAGAUCUGGCAUGCAGGUUGAUCCAUUUUCUUGUGCAAGCUCUGGCAUGUUUGUGAACCUUAGUUCAGUAAUGCUUCGCCUUUGUGAACCUUUUUUGGAUGGAACAGCAACAAAGAGAGAGAAAAUUGAUCCAAAAUAUUUAUUUUAUAAUAGUCGAUUGGACUUCAGACAAUUGACGUCUAUGCAUGCAUCAUCUGAAGAAGUCACAGCAUGGAUAGAGAAUGAAAAUCAUGGGAAGACUGACAAAGUUUUGGAGUCUCAAGAAGCCACAAGCUCUGGUUCUAAUAGUGGGACUUCCAUCCUUCAGGUUAAACCAUUAAAAAGUUGUACAAAAAAGGAGAAGUAUUCAUUUAUUUGUGAGUGCUUCUUUAUGACUGCAAGAGUACUUAACCUUGGGCUCAUGAAAGCAAUAUCUGACUUCAAACAUCUUGCUCAGGAGUUGGCAAGAUGUGAAGAAGAUUUGUCUUCAUUUAAAGCCAUGAGGGAACAAGGAGCUUCUCCACAACUUGAGGCUGAUAUAAAACGUUUGGAGAAAGUAAUUGAGAUAUUAUCACAGGACAGGCUUUGCUAUGAAGCUCAGAUUCUACGAGAUGGUGCACUACUUCAACGUGCAUUAUCUUUCUACAGACUAGUUAUUAUCUGGUUGGUGGAUCUUGUUGGUGGAUUUAAAAUGCCUUUGCCAUCAACUUGCCCUAUGGAAUUUGCAUGCAUUCCAGAGCAUUUUGUGGAUGAUGCCAUGGACUUGCUUAUUUUAACUUCUCGAAUCCCAAAGGCUUUGGAAGGGUUUGUGUUGGAUGAUUUCUUGAACUUCAUUAUAAUGUUCAUGGCGAGUCCUACUUACAUCAAAAACCCUUAUUUGAGAGCAAAAAUGGUUGAAGUUCUGAAUUGUUGGAUGCAACAAAGAAGUUCUUCCAGUGGAUUUUCUGCUAGUGCUUCUCUCUUUGAGGGUCACCAAUUAUCUCUUGACUAUCUAGUCAGAAAUCUUCUGAAACUUUAUGUGGAUAUUGAAUUCACUGGUUCACAUACACAGUUUUUUGAUAAAUUCACAAUUCGCCACAAUAUUGCUGAACUUCUAGAGUAUCUCUGGGAUGUUCCUAGCCAUCGCAAUGCAUGGAGACAGAUUGCUAGGGAAGAGGAGAAGGGAGUGUAUUUGAACUUUUUGAAUUUCCUUAUCAAUGAUAGCAUCUAUCUUCUUGAUGAGAGUUUAAAUAAAAUUCUUGAACUCAAAGAAAUAGAAGCAGAAAUGGCGAAUUCUGCAGAAUGGGAGCGGAGACCAGCACAGGAGAGGGAAGAGAGGAUGCGGCUAUUUCAUUCACGAGAAAAUAUUGUUCGUUUUGAUAUGAGGUUGGCAAAUGAAGAUGUUGGGAUGCUUGCGUUCACAUCUGAACAGAUACCUGCACCAUUCCUGCUUCCAGAAAUGGUUGAAAGGGUGGCUAGCAUGCUAAAUUACUUUCUCUUGCAACUUGCUGGCCCUCAACGGAGAUCUCUUAGUGUAAAAGAUCCAGAAAAGUAUGAAUUUAAACCGAAACAAUUGCUAAAGCAAAUUGCCAAGAUUUAUGUUCAUAUUGCAAGAGGUGACAAAGACAAUAUAUUCCCUGUUGCAAUCUCAAAGGAUGGACGAUCAUAUAAUGAGAAGCUGUUUGCUUCUGCGGCUGAUAUUUUGUGGAAAAUUGGUGAAGAUGGAAGGGUAAUUGAGGAAUUCAUUCGACUUGGUCUUAAAGCCAAAGCAGCAGCUUCUGAAGCAAUGGAUGCGGAGAAUAAUCUUGGGGAAAUACCAGAGGAAUUUAUGGACCCUAUUCAGUACGAAUUGAUGAAAGAUCCAGUGAUUCUACCUUCAUCAAGGGUAACAGUGGAUCGGGUUGUUAUCCAAAGACACCUACUAAGUGACAAUACGGACCCAUUCAAUCGUUCACAUCUCACUCAAGACAUGUUGAUACCCGACGCAGAGCUGAAACAAAGAAUUGAUGAGUUCAUCAGAUCCCGCCGCGGAGGGCAUGAUGCUGUCAAGCCAUCUAAUGACGUUACGGAUAUGGUUGAGUAACCCCAGUAAUUUUGAAUUGGCCGAUUAUGAAGGCAUGGAUUUUAUUAAAGCCAAGGUUUUGCAGACCGAUCUAAUCUUGUGUAGUACAUACAGUCUUCAAGCUCAUAUUGUUGGACAUAUAGUCUUAAAGGCAGAGCCAUUCAUUUCAGGAAAAUGGGGGAGUGGAAAUCCAUCGUUUGGAGGAUUUGUUCUUGUAACCAUAUAUACUUUCAUAUCCUAAUUUAGCUUUGUUUAUUUGAUCAUUGUCCAUCAUAAAUAUUCGUGUAAAUAAAAUCCAUUACUUCAUUCAGAA